AUGUCCAAGCCUCUCGUCUCACACAUCUACACAGCAGAUCCCUCGGCCCAUGUCUUCAACGGCAAGCUCUACAUCUACCCUAGCCACGAUCGCGAAACCACAAUUGCCUUCAACGAUAAUGGCGACCAAUAUGACAUGGCCGAUUAUCACGUCCUUUCGAUGGAUACAAUUGGCGGUACCGUAACUGAUCACGGCGUAGCUUUACGUGACAGUGAAGUCCCCUGGGUAUCGAAGCAGCUGUGGGCGCCGGACGCCGCAACCAAGAACGGCAAGUUCUAUCUCUUCUUUCCCGCACGAGACCACUCGGGCAUUUUCCGCAUCGGUGUAGCCGUCUCCGACAAGCCAGAGGGUCCAUUCAAGCCGCAGGAGAGCUACAUCCCCGGCACUUACAGCAUUGACCCUGCCGUCUUCGUUGACGAGCAGGCAGGCGGCGAGGCGUAUCUGUAUGUGGGCGGAAUCUGGGGUGGGCAAUUGCAAUGCUGGGUUGAAGGCGAGGAUGUCGAUGGGAAAGGCGUCGACGGAGAUGAGAGUGGACCAAAUGGGCGAAAGAAGAGACUCGUCUUUGAUGAAUCCAAGUCCGGACCCCAAGAACCGUCGGGUGCGGGUGUGUCGGCGCUCUGCCCGCGCGUCGCACAGCUAUCGGAGGAUAUGCUGAGUUUGGCAUCGCCGGUUCGUGAAGUGCAGAUUCUGGCUCCUGAGACUGGGGAGCCGCUGCUCGCGGAUGACCAUGAGAGGAGGUUCUUUGAGGCAGCCUGGUUGCACCGCUAUAAGGGAACGUACUAUUUCUCUUACUCUACUGGUGAUACGCAUUUCCUAGCUUAUGCAACUGGGUCGUCGCCUUGGGGCCCGUUCACGUACCGGGGACGUAUCCUGGAUCCUGUGCUUGGAUGGACGACACAUCAUUCUAUCGCUGAAUUUCAGGGCAAAUGGUUCUUGUUCUAUCAUGAUUGUGAACUGUCCAAUGGUGUGGACCACCUCAGAUCUGUCAAAGUGAGGGAGAUCAUUUAUGACGAUGAGGGGGCGAUUCAUCUUGCCGAGAAACAGAGACCGUUGUAA